ACCGCAUUUUUCAUCAAAUUUCGAUUCUCUUUAUGAUAUUUGGAAUGAAUUACAAAAAAGAGCGACAUCUUACAAAUAUCUUUUAUAUAAAUAUGUCUGUUAUCUUCAGAAUGAGAAACGAGCGAUAGAUGCAAGCUCAUUACGAGAAGGCUAUAAGAAAUAUAUUAAUUUCUGUUCAGUUAUCAGAAUUAAAGUUAGUGAAAAAAUGAUGUGGAAAGAUUUAUUCAUAAGACCUAAUAAACCUGAACCAAGCGAAAUUUGGACCCUUCGACGUCUUGUUAUUAUUAUAACAAUCCUAGCAUUGCUUGCUCUUAGUACAUUAUUAUUUAUGAAAUUGCAUGAUGAAAAUCCUACCAUUAGUACCUCUUAUUCAUCAGUUGAUAGCUUGCUUGUGCCUAAUGUCUAUUUAUCGCUUGAUGUGCCAUUUAAUGUUUCUUGCGUAACUCAUCUAAACACAAGUUGUGAUGAACAUAUUAUACAAAUACACGGUUAUACUUCGCGUCCUUAUAGUUAUAAGUUCACAAAUUCUAUAAAAACCAGCCAAAUAAGUUUCUCUGAACAUAGUAAUGUCUAUAUAAACCUACUUAUGACUGCACUAUCCAACCCAAGUUUUACCAUUAUGGUAGUCCUAUAUGAUCCAGAAUAUGAUGGAUAUACUGUUAGUUAUGAUGAUAAGAAUAGCAGUGAAUAUGAUAAAAACUUUGUUGAAAAAAUGUACAUUGAUCAAAAUCCUACUAGCCAAAAUGGUACUAAGUUGCAAAUUUCCCCAGGAAGUUUUAUUAUAAAAGAACAGAAAGAACAAAGGAGCAAUAAUAUUUUAAGCAUUGUUGGAAUUAUUUUUGCUCAUUACGGAGGUUUAGCAGCCUUUUAUGUAAUUUUAUUCGACCACAAAAAUGUUAUAAGAUUUCAUGAAGAACUUUUUAAUAGACUUAUUAAUAUAAAGAAAAAAGUGCUUAGGCUAUUCAAAUGUUGA